AUGGCUGCAGUGAAAGGAGAGUUAUCGUUUAUCGGUUGCGAAUGGAACAACCGAUAAAUUGGCUGGUCUUAAAAUUAUACUGACUGAAUUAGAGUGUACAUCACAAUUAACAAGCAGAACUAGCGAAUAUGAGUGUAUCGUUUUCCGGUUGUGGCUUCCUGGGAAUAUAUCACAUAGGAGUAGCCAGUUGCAUUAAAGAACACGCGCCGCAUUUUCUAGAUAGCGGCAGACUUUUAGGCGCUAGUGCUGGAGCUAUUACCGCAUGUUGUUUUAUUUGUGGAUGUUGCCUGGGAGAGUGCACCAGCUUUGUGUUGCGGUUGGCCUCGAAGGCUCGAUCUCGUACCCUUGGACCUCUGCAUCCGAGUUUCGACAUCAACCGCAUCCUGCGCGAUGUAAUGCUUCAGGUCUUGCCACUGAAUGCACAUCUGAUUUGUUCUGGGCGUCUGUAUGUGUCGAUGACCCGAGUUCACGACAAGAAGAAUGUCAUCAUCUCACAGUACGAUUCACGCGAAGAACUCAUUGAGGCUUUGCUGUGCAGUGCAUUUGUUCCAUUCUACAGUGGAAUGCUUCCUCCGAAGUUCAGAGGAGUGCGGUAUGUGGAUGGUAGUUUGAGUGACAAUCUGCCCACCCUGGAUGAAGAUACGAUUACCGUGUCUCCGUUUGCGGGAGAAUGUGACAUUUGUCCCAUGGACAACUCAAGUAACUUCAUGCACAUAAACAUAGUGAACCACAGCCUGCAGUGUACCGCGGGAAACCUGUAUCGGCUGUCACAUGCAUUGUUUCCACCUCACCCUGAAGUUCUCAGUCAGAUGUGUAGGCAAGGUUUUGAUGAUGCCCUGGUCUUUCUUCAGAGUAACAAUUUAAUAUCGUGUACUCGUCACCUGACUGUUCGGUCGUGCUUCAUGACCAACGCCAGACAGAAUGACGAGGAGACUGAGGUGGCAGAGGAUGAAUGUGAUGGAGAUCAUCACCAUGACGACAACUGCGAUGAGUGUAAGAAGAAACUGCACGGGGCUCUGGUCGACUCCCUUCCACCGUCUGUGAUGUUAGCCUUCCAGGCUGCUUGCGAUUCCGUGAACAAGGGGAUGGUGAAUUAUCUCUUCAGUUUUCGUCCUGUCAAAUUACUGUCGUUUGCAAUGACACCGUGGUUUCUUCCAGCUGAAAUACUGCUUAAUCUUGUGGUCAAGUUCCUGGAAUGGCUGCCGAAAAUGCCUCAGGAUCUUCAGCUCCUGUGUCAGGAGUCGGUCAGUAUUCUCAAGGCUGUUUACUUCCGAGUUCUUCACCAUCACCCGACAUAUUCUGCCAGGUUCACGUGCCAGCUGGCCAUCACCGAGGUUCAGAACCAGAAAGAGAGAACGGAAACGGUGGAGUACCAGCCACGUUCCCGGGCUAUGACCUUCCCUCGGAGCGCCAUGCAUAAACGCAAGUCGGUGGUGCAGACGGACCUCAAUCGGUCGGUGGUGCGAAACUUUAACAUUGGGUUCGUGGUCGACUUCAACUCUGCAGCGUCAGAGUCAGUGCGGUCGCUUGAGAACCUUGAACACGGGAUAGACAAACUCCAGCUGGACGACAUUCACGUGGAACAGUCGGGCCCCGACGGAGAUUUGGUGUACCACCCCCACAUCGGCCCCGAUGCCCCCACGCGGCCGGGCGGGGCCUGCCAGGAGGUGUUUGACACCUUCGACCAGUGCCUUAACGUCACCAAUCAGAUGGAGUCUGUCCUGUCGUACUACUAUGAGGACGAGAACAAUAAAGGCUGUUACAAGUUUGAGGAGAUAUUCAGUCUGAAGAACGUUGACGUCAAUACGUCGAGCAGCACUGGAGUCGUCGAUGAUGACCUCCACGGUGGUGCCGCUGCUGCUGAUGGUGGUGCCGACCUCUCCUGGGACAGCUACUUGGAGAUGAAACCUGAAAUUGAGGAAGAGCUUGAAGCUUUGAUUGACAGUGCUCUCAGAAUACCCCAAUUACAAUCAUAACUUGAGUUUUAGCAUGGUUUUUUAAUUUAUAUAUACUGAUAAAGCAUGGUGAAAAAUGUUUUUAUUUCCGGUACUAAAUGUCAUGCUUUUUGCAUUUAGUUUUAAUUCCCAACUGACAUGGUGGAGUUUGAUAUCAGUAUUUUUACCAGUAAAUGGGCAAGAGUUUGAAGUGUUGCUUGACUAGAAUACUUCAUUUGCAAUCAUAACUGAAGUUUUAGCAUUUUUUUCUUAUUUUUGUCUAAUGAUGAUACAACAUAUUUACAAAAGGUUUUAUUUCCAGUACUAAAUAUUACAUUUUUUGUUUUAAUUUCUGAUACGAGUUUUUAUAAUAAUGGUAUGUUGACCUAUGAUACUGUCCUCAAAGCUUUAACUGACCGAGUACUUUUAAUAUUAUUGGCAUGCUUAUUUCCGUUGUUUCUUUUUAAUUAACAAAAUGAGUUAUAUUUUCAACAUACUUGUACUUAUUGUUAUUAACAAUAAUUUUUCUGUCAUUAAAGAUUGUGCUGCUGAAAGGGAUUAAGUAAAUAUAAAUUGAUCAAAUAUAAUUUUAGUUUAGCAUUAAAAAACAAAGGAUCUUUUUUCUUGCACCGUUUAGUAUUUUGCAAUAAUUUUAGAUUCCUUUUUACUAUAUGCAGCAUAAGAUCUCAGACCAUUCAAUGCUUAAUCAAAACAUGUAGUUUUUUAAAGUGUUUCUUUGAUUACAUUGUUCAACCACUAAAAACAGGUUUUGCUUGAUGCAGUAUUUAACCAGUAGUAAAAAGUGUCCAAUAUCCAUGAUUGAUUCAUAAUGUCAUAAUGGAUUCAAUUCCUUCGUUUUGCAAUAUGCUUCUUGCCAGAUGCUGAAUUGUACAUGUAAAUGUGUGUGUGAAUGGUGAAAUAUAGAUGAUAUAAUAUAUCCUAAAUUAGUGUCUGAUUAUAACGACAUGAGUGUAUAUAAUACAAAUCUAAUUUAUUAGUCAAGCACCUGAAGCUGUUAAUUCACUGAUAAGUUUUUUUAAGUUUAUGGGUCUGUAACAUGUAUAAUAUGUAAAUUUACAUCUAUAUGGUUGGGGUUUUUAACAUCUGAUUUGACACCUGUAAUUUACUGAGAAAUUUAGUAAUUUAAUACAUCAGAUUGAGAGUUUUAAUUUAAUUUCCAGGGCAUGAUGCAAAGUAAAAAAAAUUGACAUCUAUAAUACUGAGAAAUUGGGUAUUUUUAUACAUCAGAUUGACUGUUUUAAUUUAACUUCCAGGAUGUUAUACAAAGUCAGUUUUUUUUUUUUUUUUACAUCUGUAAUACUGAAAAAUUUAGUAUUUUUAUACAUCAUAUUGAGUGUUUUAAUUUUUAACUUCCAGGACAUGAUACAAAGUCAGUUUUUAUAAUAUCUAUAAUACUGAGAAAUUUAGGAUUUUCAUGCAUCAGAUAAAGUGUUUUAAUUUAACUUCCAGAACAUGAUACAAGGUCUGUUUUCACUGUCCCUAAGUUUGAUACAAUGGUAGACAUUUUGACAUUUGACUUAGUAAUUAUUGUUUACAUUAAUACUGGCUCGUUUUGAUUUAGAGAAAUAGUACCAACUACUGGGAGUUUAAUGAAGAUUACUGAGUGAAGCUACAGGAAUGUGAUUUUAAAGUUGGGGGUUACUAUGUACAGGUUUUGUCUCUGCUGUCCUGCAUAUAGAUUUUCAGACGUUUUGGGAGCAAUGUCUCUGAAAUUUUAUAUAUACAUGUAGCUUUAUGAAGCAGAGUUAGAGAUCAGGUUUGAGAUUCAUGGGGAUAAUUUUCACAAUGUGUUUCAAAUUAAUUUGAUCUGAUAUGCUGGAAAAUCAUCUUUAACUAUUGUAUUACGCGUUCAGAUUUUAAAGAUCAUUUUAACUUUUAUUUUCAAAUGUGUAUCACAUCUCUGAUGCUUAAAUGGACCAAAUAAGGGUUAGAGAAACUUUGAUCAUCAUUUUGGAAGCUUCCUUUUGCAGACUUUUAGAUUGCACCAUGUUGAUAUGAAUCGUGUUCAUUUAGCUGGUUUUAUUUACAUUGUUACAGACCCAUUCAUAAAGAGUCUUAACAGUGUUUAAGCAUACUGGUGAGUCCCGACAAUACCAGAACCUUGAAGCAUUUGUUUUCUAGCAUUUAAAAUGUGUAUGUACAAUAUUUGUAAAUACAUGUACGUGUUUGUGUAAAUAAUGUAACAUUGUGUACUCACCAUUCAGUGAUUUAACUACAUUCCAUUUUGUCAAUUAUUGCAGCCAAAGAUCAAGUUUUUCCCUUCGGUUUAGUUUUCUCUUCAGUUUAGUUUUACUAUUGUAUGGUCAUGUCAAAAUAAGUUAUUAGAACAGGUACCUUUGCCAUCAAAACCCACCAAUUUUCGUUGUAAUGGCGCCAUGAUUUCUGUUAAAUUAUAACAAUGUAAAAUCAUAUUUCAUGUAUAGAUCUAUUUUCUAUAAACUAUUGGUGACCAUGUUGUUACCAUUCCUUCUUUAGCAGAAUGGAAUCUGGCUCAGUGUAAGAGCAUCGUUUUGAAGUGUGAGGUAUAAUCAGUAUUUCACCCUUUCUGCCCCCCCCCCCCCCCCCCCUCCCCGAGAACCAUUGCUGAUUGGUAUAUCUUUAUGUGCUAAUUUAAAUGGUGGUCUUUUAUAUUCUCGAUUUUAAAUGCAAUAAACGAGCUGGCUACAUGAUUAAGCCAGAUUUGGUUAAGAACAUACUAGUAUUGUAUUCUGUUCGAUUGGUACAGGUAACAAACUGGGGAAAGUGUUGAAAAGAAAAGGACAGAAUCAGUCAUCAAUACAAGGAAAUUUCAACACAAGAUAAAUCUGUUUCAAAUUUGCUUUGGCAAACAGUUGUAUCUUGAACAUUGGAAUUUUGCAGUCCCCAGCAAAUAUGAAUAAAAAAAAUUAUAUGGUUUUGCCAACUACAUGAUUAUAUUUAUAACUCAGUUUUAAAAAAACCCAAAAUGUUGAAGACUAAGAAGUUUUAACACAACACAACAAACCUUUUAAGCACAUGUAUGACAUCACCUCUUGCUGUGAUUGGUCGAAAUACAGCAUGUCAAGUUUACGACACCUCAGAAAAUGUAUCUGGUAGACAAGAAAUACUGUUCUAGGCUAAAUGUUUCUCAACAAUUUCGAUAUUUGGAACUGACUGGCUUCUGUUCUACAUUGAUGUUUACGAUGGGCAACAUUAUACUAUAUUAUGCUACAUUAACGUGUGUAAAAUGGACUAUGGUAAUGGCAAUGUUGUUGUAGGUGGACGCUAGUCACAGCCUGGCAGUUGAGAAACACUGAGUGCUGAAUUUACAAAGCCUGUUUCCUUGUCUUGCAUUCGUGUAACUACAUAUGUUUAUAAUGCUUAAACAUCUGUGUUAAAGAAAAUUAUGCUUCAUACAUUCGGCCUUAUUAUGUCUAGACCUUGUCUUACAAAUAUUAUAUAUCUGACAUAUAUUUGAUUGUACACCUGUAUGUAAUAGACUGUAUAUUCCAGGGCUUUACAUAAAUGUAAACACUGUACUAGACUGUUCUAGGGCUUUACAUAAAUGUAAACACUGUAUUAGACUGUCUGUUCCAGGGCUUUACAUAAAUGUAAACACUGUACUAGACUGUGUUCCAGGGCUUUACAUAAAUGUAAACACUGUACUAGACUGUACGUUCCAGGGCUUUACAUAAAUGUAAACACUGUACUAGACUGUACAUUCCAGGGCUUUACAUACCGGUAAAUGUAAACACUGUACUAGACUGUAUGUUCCAGGGCUAGAUGAAAAUUCGUUCUAUAUAUGCAGAUGUUUUAAUAAAAUGGUUUUGCCACAAAUGUCUUUUCCAUUGAUCUGAUGUGGUGUGUGCACUGAUUGUAUCUUUUAAACCUUUUUUUAAGUAACCUGGUGAUUUAUUUCAUUUUCAUCAUGAACCACAUCUGUUUUCUGUAUGCAACUAAAUAUUGUUAUAAUUUCAUUUUAUGCCAUAGUCGUUUGUCUAUCCUGGCAAUUAAGUAACUGGCCACGGCAAAACAUAUGCUGCAGACAAAUAGGGUCCAUGUUUUGUUUUGUUGUUUUUUUGUUUCAUUUAUACUUAUUUUUGUGCUUAUAUCCAAUUAAAGUUCAAAUACAGUGUCGUGGACUGUUUGUCUAGGACAGUGGGAUAGUGGUUAGCUCCAUGGCAGUUUUGUGGUUAAUAUGUAAGAGAAAAGUAAAAUUUGUCAGUAGUACAAAACAUGAAUAAUUAAGAAAAAUAACAAAUUAAAUUUUGUGGAAAAUUUAAAGCACUGCACCAGUGUCUAUGGCAUUUCCGAUUACUGUGCCUGUGGUUAAUUGCCAGGGUUGUUUGUAAUAGCAUUUUUAAACAGUAUGCACAUAGCCAAAACACAAAUACCACAAUACAUGUAAAGUAUGGGUGGAGGCACUGGUCUUGGUGAGUGCAUGUGAAUGAAGUCCAGUUUUUGCUAUGAAAAUGGUUUAAGUAUCUCCAAGAAAGCAGAUAGAAUAGGGGGAAUCCUGUUUGUGUUAUGAAAAUGGUUUAAAUAUCUCCAAGAAAGCAGAUAGAAAAAAUUGAAGUCCUGUUCCUAAUAUGUGCAUAAUGCAGAGUAACUAUUUAUUUCAAUUGUCAAUUUUUAAUCAAAUGUAAUGUUUGGUGACUUAUUCAGCAUAAUUCUUUCAACAUAUAUUUACUCUUAAAAGCAUAUUAUGUUUGUUUUAUCUUUACUUUGUUAGUUAAACUUUACAGAGCUUUGUAUGAUUUGAACCAUAGUUCCAAUCAUCCCUUGAGGAUGGUGUGUUCAAAACUGUAUUUAGCAGUUAUAAUUUUCAGUUUUCUUGAUUAAAACCACCAUUGCAGUGAAUUUGCUUGGCAAGUUAUUGGGAUUUGUUUGGCAAGCUUUGUACAAAACUGAUCAUGAAGAGGUUUCUCAUUUUAUUCCAAAUAACUUGUUUAUAAAUCUAAACGUUACUGUGCAUAGCCAGUUUAUUAUUACAAGCAACUUAUUGGAUCUUCUGUUUAUUAUUUAUAAAUGUUUGGUAAUUAUUUACAUAAUAUUUCCUACCAUAAUUACUUGUAUUACCUGUAUGGCUGAUUAAUGAAAAAUGAGGCUUCUUGUGUGUACAUGCAGAUACAGUAAAAACUGACUUUCAGUUUUAUUCAAAUUUAUAAUUAUGUUUAAUUCAAAAACAUUUUGCUUUUGUAAUUAGUCUUUAUUUGUAAGAACCAAAAUUAAUAUUUGUCCUUUAUGUUGUAAUUUUUAACUGUUUGUAUAGUUUAAAGUCUGAUUUUUAUUUUAUUUUAUUAAAAAAAAAAAAUAUUAUACAGUAUUUAAAUGUUUUUUUAUAUAGUCCCAUUAAAAAAGUUGCAGAAAUCCAAUGACAAAAGUGUACAAGUAAGAACCAAUGUGAUGCCUAACAGGUAUUUUUUAAGUCAGGAUUAUUACAAUAAUUGAUUAUUCUGAUUAGAAGCUGAUGAUUAUAAACAUAAUUAAGCCUAUAAAACAAAACCAUAUAAUUUAUGACAAUACACAUUUAUAUGUGUAGAAUAGUUAUAUUAACACAUUUAGGUUUUAUAACUGACUUAUGUGUACAGGAAUUUAUGUUACACCUACAUUUUAUUCUGCUGUUGCUUUAUUUUACUAGCUAUUGACUUUUGUUCAUUUUAAUUAUUUUGUAAGAUUUCUUGCUAUAAUGGAAGCUUUUUGUUAAAAACAAAACAAAAUGAACUGAAACCAUGAUUUAGUCAUGUCAUUGCAUAUUACUACAUGUAUUAUAAUAAAUUUAUUAAAAGGGUAAUAUGCUUAAUAGCCUGUUGUGGAUAUGUUAAUACAGGUACAUAUAUUUACAUACAUUUUAUUAAUAUCUAAAAACAUGUGUUGGUGAUAAAAAUGUUUAUUCGACUCGGAAGCCAAAAUAUAUUUGUUUUAUUUUAUGUUGUACUUGUUUGUAGCAGUGGUUAAUUGUUUGAUCAGUCAACUACAAGUUCAAAAAGUAUUUUAUUGUUUUAAUGGUUCAGUAUGGUUAUGCACAGUACAUGUAAAUCAUGUCAUUUGUUAAAUAUUCAGGGAUCGUUUAUGUGUUUUGUAAGGGUAAGAUGCAUAAUGUAUUAAUAGGUGUUCAAUGCCAGUAUAUCGGUUUAAAUGGUCUACAACUGGUCAGUGUCGUGUGUUUAAAGGCGUAGUCUCAAAGUUGUAUAACGAACAAAAUAUUUAUUGUGUUAAAUGUAAAGAUUAGACCUUGAAUUACAUGCUCAUAAACACAUUACUGCCAAAUAAUUUUAUUUACUACUUUUCAAACUCUGUUAAUGGAAAAUCUUAAUACAGGUGACUGGCAGGUUAAUGCUUGUCAUCACAGUUUGAAUUUGUGUUUACAAGCCCACAAAUAACUGGUGUCUAUUUUGGUGGAUACCUAAUGAAGAUUUUCUAUGUAUUUUGUCAAGGAUUCUUGGGGAAUUUUGAUCUUUUCAAGUUAUUUACGCAAAGGAUGUAUAUUAUGUGGUAUUGAUUAAUGUGUACUUAUUUACUAUAAAUAAACUGUUAAAUUAAUUAAAUAUAGUCCUUGCAACUUUGAGAAUACAGCUAAAUCCAUAUAUUAUGUUCAAAACAAUAAGAAGAAGAAAUUGUUUUGUCACUUACGUUUUCUGCACAUAUGUACCUGUAUUGAAGUUUGAUUUAGUAAUAUGAUUUUAUGUAACACUGAACGUUUAUUUAGGAGCACCCAGUAUGAAUCUAUGCAAGUUUUUAUUACUUUAUGUAACCAUGUUUUAUUUUAAUUUAAUUUAUUGACUUAUUUGAUUUCACUUCUAGUUGCACUUUGGCAGAAAAGAAACUUUCUUUAAAAGUUUUUGUUUUAUGCCUGAAGCUUGAAAUAAAACAUUUAUUUAACAGCUA